AUGCUCACCCCAUCGCCGCCGUUAUCGCCGCCACCGCCGCCGCCGCCGCCGCCGCCGACCAACGCGGUGGCUUUCGUGCGGUUGCCAAGCCCCGUGAUCAUCCCCCAACGGCGCAUCAUGAAUCGCUCGCGAGGAUUCGUCUGCAAUUAUUCGUCUUCUUUACGAAAUGCCGGUAUCGACGAAAAAGCAUUCUCAACUUUCAUCAACCAGCUCAACAGGUUAGCCGAGCUCAAACCUCGUGCCCAAGCUAUCGACUUUAGCGGAUUCGCACACUUGUGCUAUAAUACGCAUCACGACAUUUUCAUCUCCAUGGCUGUUGGAACGGCUUUCGAGACUGCUAAGAGCAUCCAACCUAGCACGGCUAUGAAUAAGCUCAUAGACAAGACGAACAAUGAACUCUUCAAGCCGAAGGGACUUGUAUGCCUUCUGAUGACUUGGGAACCCGAAGGUCCGGAAGGCUCUUCUUUGGAUCGUGCAUUUAGAUCAAGGCCAGUGCAGCGGGUAAAGAACGAGCGAAGAAGCAUGGAAAUACGGCCGAAGGCAAAUCUCAGCCCGUUCCAAGGGAUGGGGAUGUUCGAAUGGCUUCAGCCCACAACAUUCAAACGCAUCGACGGGGAUGCGAAUGUCUUGCCAGAGGCCAGAAUCUCAGCAACCCGCAACCAGUAUCCCUUGCAGAGUGACGACACAGAAUACAUUGACAGCCGAAAAAAUCAACGUCUUGCCGUACAUAAUCACCUGGAGCACCGCCAUGGGUCCCAGGUCGCAACGGUAGACUUCGGAGUUCGGGCUCGCUCACAGGAAGUGAUCCCGUUCCAACCAUCAGAGACCACAGGCCAGUCUAUGGGCCAGAUCACCUUGAACAGCUUGGACAGGUGUUCAGCCUUGUUGGAGGAGAAGAAGAUCAGCGACAGCGGGCUGAGCCCAUUCUGGAAUCCAGCCUCUGUCAUGUCGCCCGGAGAUGCCAAGGAGGGACAAACUGAGGAUCGCUACUUACGAAAAGACCCUAAGGAUAUGGAUCCUUUUAUCAGUACCCUUCCGCCUUCAUUCACUACCGGCGCGUUAAAGGCUUUAGAGACAGAAACUCUAUAUGUUCUGAUUGCCAAUAUGCCCGAUGAUGAGGAAACACAAAGAGGUACGAUUUAA